AUGUGCCAUCCUACCGGAAAGUUGGUGCAAGCUGAUAUGACACAAAAUGAAAGGUCCAACAAAACGCAGAACGCCGCAGAAUCUCUUGAUCUUGAAUCUGACGCUACUCAACCACAACCAAGGCUACUUGCUGGUAAUGAUGAAAAUUCGUCGCAACCUGAAUAUUCGUCAUCGGUGUAUCAGUCUGGCAUAUUACAGCAGUACAUAGUGAGAAGUAAACUACCAAUGUCCAACACGUGUUUUCCAACUCGAGAGUCUAGUAAGGUUGAAGAAAAUAUGAACAAUGUUUUGUACAAUCAAAGUUUAGCUGGAAGUUUACUUUUGACGUCAGUAUGUUUGUGGAACAUAUUUUAUUAUAUAGAACAUGGCUGCUUUCAAGAAUUUCGUAAAUUACUAGAAUUACACUAUGUAGAAGCUGUACAAAUGAGAAAUGAAAAAGACCAAUCACAUGUCGAACCAAAACUGAGAAAUACAACGCGGAGCCAACUUAGUCAAUCUGAAAGGAACAUUUUUCUCGAACAUGGUGUUAAAUUUUUCGGAAUGGCUAUUGCCACUCCCUCGGCGUGUCAUCAAGGAGCUAUUGCCACUCCUUCGGCGUGUCAUCAAGGAGCUAUUGCCACUCCCUCGGCGUGUCAACAAGGAGCUAUUGCCACGCCCGGGCGUGUCAACAAGGAGCUAUUGCCACGCCCGGCGUGUCAUCAAAGAGCUAUUGCCAUUCCGUGGGCGUGUCAACAAGGAGCUAUUGCCACGCCCGGCGUGUCAUCAAGGAGCUAUUGCCACUCCACGAUCUUGCAUGUUGCUGUCAUACAAUCACUUGCUUAUGUAUGGAUUCGAUUGCUGUUGAUGAGAGAAGUUAAUUCAUGUGCUAAAGACAAAGACGGUUACACAGCCGCUCAUUAUGCCGCUGAAAAAGAUGAUUUAGAAAUGUUGAAAGCGCUCACCAUGAAGUUUCAUGACAAAGUUAAAACACUACCAUCUAGCAGUGUAGAAAAAAUUUACGCUAAUGGUAUGGAAGCACUCACAAUAACCGAAAAGUCUGCUUGCAAUAAAAGAGCAAUGAAGUGCGUUAGAUACCUGCAUGAACAACAACCACAUACCAAUGUAAAUCAGACGGAUAUUUUUGGUGAUACAGCACUGCAUUAUGUUAUUGCGCAUAACCAUAAAAGUCUAACAGAAUUUCUCAUUAUUGAAUGUCAGUGCGAUGUCAAUGGUGGUAGUGAAAAACGUCCAAGUCCAUUAGAUAUAGCUAUAUUUAAUCAAAAUAAAGAAUUUGCGAAUCUUUUAUUGUCAAAAAAUGGAAAAAGUCGAUUUCAAAUUAAACACGAAAGUAAAAAGUGUAAAAUAUUUGAAGACGAUCGUCGUCUCGGUAUAGAACGUUUAUCGAUUGAACCAGUGAGUGCCCGACCCGUGAAGGUAGAAUUUGAUACCGAUGAUUUUCUAUUUGAUCAAAGGAUGGAAGUGAUGGCUGAAAAAAAGAUAUAUGAAAUAAGUAAGGCAGCUUUAGAACAAAUGAAACUGAAAGAUUAUCCAAUUGCACUGAAAUAUCGUCAGGAAGAACAAAAUCUUUUAAUAAAAUAUUAUGGUCGUUUACACGUUCAUGUAGCAGAUUCCUAUAAUAACCUGGCACUUGUUCAUCAUUUACUAGGUGACCACCAAAAAGCUAUUAUUAAUUAUGACAAUGCUAUCGCUACGAUCAACCAAUUACCAAUACUGGCACAUGACCACCCGAAUGUAGCAAAUUUUUACGCUAACCGUGGACUUGUUUAUGCUAUAUUGAAUAAAUUUGAUGAAGCAACUGAAGACUUCACGAAAGCACUUGAAAUAAAAUAA